UGUCAAUUGCGAGUUUGUCUUGUGGAGCCGAUCCGCAAUCAAUAGUCGCGCCAACCUUGUGGAUAAUAGCGCGGAUCGAGUUAGAUGCUUGUGAGCCUGCACGCUGAAGACCCAUUUCUUGAGGACAGGUGUAAUGAGUGAUAUUUAUCUUCUUUCUCUGUGGAGCCAUUACAAGGGAUGAAAGAGGAGCAUUUCAGGGGACUCAGGCCCAAGUAUGCAGUGGCAAUGAUAGUGCAACCGAAGAGCAGGGAGCAGAACACGUGAGCGAGGGAGCUUCGAGGCCGUCAGAUACCCUCUCUUCAUCUUCGCAGUUCUGCUGAUUUGUUUUCCAGCCUCCAACUGUAAUUGCCAGCUUACAAUUUUCUCUACCGUCAUCCACAAUCUCUCUGAGAAAGUCCCUUCGUUCCGAUAUUAGUCCACAUUUGGUCGCCAAAGAGCUCGCAUCAGUCUCUCCGCUCAAGAUUUCAUCUAGUCCCUGUGCACAACCCGACCUUGAACAUCAAUAGCCUCUGGAAGGAGUGAGGUCCUGGUUGCUAGUCAGAUCGGUGAGCACAUUGGUCCAGCCGGAAAUUAAGAGCUUUGAAAAUGUCUCCUAGCAUAAUCUCGGAGUCUCUCAUGUCCGAACCCUUAACGUACUCGAUUAUGAAAUCCCUACAAUCUGAUGUUCAGGAAUUGAAACCUUCUCUCACUGAGUCCUGGGCGGAGACGAAGACGGAAAGUGCACCGUCUGAUCAAGUACAAGAAUUCAUUUUCAGGUCCAAACUACCAGAUAUUUAUAUCUCCAAUCACAUGCCCCUGACUGAUUACUGCCUCGAGAAGGUAACGCAGUGGCCCGACAAAGUCUGCUUAAUCGACGGUAACACAGGGAGAGAGUACAGCUAUGGCGAGAUGGAGCUCACUUCACGGCGCGUGGCCGCAGGGUUGGCAAAAAUUGGAGUGGAACAGGGGGGAGUCAUUGCCUUGUUGCUCCCAAACUGCGCGGAGUUCGUCCAAGUGUUCCUCGGAGCUGCGAAGAGGGGCGCCAUCGUAACCACAGCUAACCCAUUUUACACAUCAACUGAGCUUGCGAAGCAGAUCAUCGCGUCAGGGGCGACGGUCGUGGUUACUCAAUCCAGAUACAUCGAGAAGCUGGCUGGUUUGAACAUCCAAAUCAUCGUCGUCGAUCAGUAUGUCGACGGCUACUUACACGUCUCCGCGCUCCUAGAGGCCGACGAGGCUGAAUGCCCGGAAGUCGACAUCCACCCCGACGACGUCGUCUGCCUCCCAUACUCCUCUGGCACCACAGGGCUGCCAAAGGGUGUCAUGCUUACGCAUAAGAGUCUUGUGACCAGCGUUGCCCAGCAAGUCGAUGGCGAAGUGCCCCAUUUCAAUAUCAAUGUAGAGGACACUCUGAUGUGUGUGCUGCCCAUGUUUCACAUCUAUUCCCUGAACUCGAUCCUCCUCUGCGGGCUUCGUGCCGGAGCCACUCUCGUGAUCAUGGCCAAGUUUGAGCUCUCCAAACUGCUAGAAUUCAUCCAGAAAUACAAAGUGACAAUGGGACCUUUUGUGCCGCCAAUUAUGCUCGCAAUUGCGAAGAAUCCCAUCGUGGAGAAUUACGACCUUUCCAGCAUCAAGAUGAUAAUGUCCGGUGCUGCCCCUCUUGGUAAGGAGCUGGAAGAUGCCUUCAGGGCUCGGCUGCCCAACGCUAUUCUAGGCCAGGGUUACGGAAUGACCGAAGCGGGCCCAGUACUGGCAAUGAGUUUGGCAUUCGCCAAGACACCCUUUCCUGUGAAACCAGGAUCUUGUGGCACUGUCGUUCGGAACGCAGAGGUGAAGAUUAUCGACACCGAGACUGGCAUGUCAUUGUCAUACAACCAGCCCGGAGAGAUAUGCAUUCGGGGACCUCAAAUCAUGAAAGGAUACUUGAACAACCCGGAAGCUACGGCCUACACGAUCGACGAGGACGGCUUUCUCCACACUGGAGAUGUCGCAUUCAUAGACGAGGACGAGGAGAUGUUCAUCGUGGACAGAGUGAAGGAAAUCAUCAAAUACAAGGGCUUCCAGGUUCCACCAGCAGAACUGGAAGCCGUCCUUCUUUCUCACCAACAAAUCCAAGACGCAGCAGUGGUCUCACGCAAGGAUGAGGUCGCCGGAGAAGUACCCGUGGCGAUCGUGGUCCGAUCCCCUGGCUGCACGAUCACCGAAGACGAGGUGAAGGACCACGUUGCAAAGAGGGUGGUGUUCUACAAGAAAAUCCACGAUGUCUACUUCGCUGACUCGAUUCCCAAGUCUGCAUACGGAAAAAUCUUGCGAAAGGAUAUCACCUUGAAGUUCUAGACAACACCGUGCAGGGUGUCUCAUUCUUUCUGCUCUGUAAUUAUCUGUAAAAGAGAUGCACCGAAAAACCGUGUAUCCGCUCCAUUCUUGAAGACGCAUCCAUUCCUGAAACAGCCAAUCUUUCUGUGAAAAUGACGAUCUCUGCAUCGAUCCGGUGGCAAAGAGAGACUAGAAAUGCGGAUCAGAUACUGGCUACGGCAGAGAGGUAGUCGGAUGGAAUCGUGAGCCUCCGGGGCGACCCACUAUGAUUUUUUUCCUGAGGAAUAGUGAGGAAUGCCUGCAACUAGAUGAUGAGGUAAUCAGAAACAAUUGGUUCAGUACAAUAUAAUGUAGCAUAUAUCACUGAAUCACAUCAGUGGUUCGAGGUAACAUAUGCCUCGGUUAUUGACGAUUUAUAUAUACAUUAAAUUCUUUAACUUCUUUGAUU